AUGAGCAUCGCUCGCCUUUACACCGGCGACGACGGCCAAUCUCACAUUGAGGAAAUGAGCGCCGAUUCACACCCGGAGCUUGCCAGCCUUCAGUCCACCACUGGGAUCGUUUUUCGAACUUUCGAACCCGGCUAUUUCAGCGAUUGGCACACUGCGCCGAGACGUCAGUUUGUCAUCACUCUCGAAGGAGAGGUGGAGAUCGGCUUGGGCGACGGUACGCUGCAUCGGUUCGGACCUGGGCACGCCAUGCUUGCCGAAGAUCUGAGCGGCAAGGGACACACCACCCGCGCCGUAGGCGACAAGCCUCGCGUGACCGCCACCGUCCCCCUGUCAGGCUAG